AUGUCACUUUUCUCAGAAGUCCCCCUAGCAGCUCCGGACCCCAUCCUUGGCACAGCCGUGGCUUUCAAGGCAGACACCAACCCCAAGAAAAUUAACCUGGGAAUCGGGGCCUACCGCACCGAUGACGGAAGGCCCUACGUCUUUCAAGCAGUGCGGACCGCUGAGGCGGGCAUACUGCAGGAGUUAACACAAAAUGUGUUGUUUGGCACCAACUGCCCUGCCAUCAAGGAAGGGCGCAUCGCCUCUUCCCAGUCUCUUUCGGGAACAGGCGCUUUGCGGCUAGUGGGAGACUUCAUCAAGCAUUUUUUGCCAGCCUGUCAGGCAACCAGGAAUGUGGACUUUGAGAGGAUGAUGAAAACCCUGGAGGAGGCCCCACUCAAUUCAGCAGUUGUGCUGCACGCUUGCGCACAUAACCCAACAGGCGUAGACCUAAGUGUCUCUCAGUGGGAGUCAAUCUUGUCUGUUUGUGAGUCUCGGCAGCUGCUGCCCGUACUGGACUCGGCCUACCAGGGGUUCGCGUCUGGGGAUCUCUCGCGGGAUGCGUUUUCAGUGCGCUUGUUUGCCACGAAAUUCCAAGGAGUCUUGUUCGUCACACAGUCUUUUGCUAAGAACCUCGGAUUGUACGGAGAGAGAGUGGGUAUGCUACAUGCGAUCUGCGGCAGUCCCAAAGAGGCAGAAGCAGUAUUGUCUCAGAUUAAGAUUGUGGCCAGGCGGUGCUACAGCAGUCCUCCCCUUCAGGGAGCCCGUAUUGUAGCACGGGUGCUGGGGGACGAGCAGCUAAGGAGACAGUGGGAAGAGGAACUAAAACUUGUGGCAGAGAGAAUUAAAGACAUGAGGAGGCUUCUAAGGAAGGGACUGGAGCAGAAGGGAACUCCAGGGCAGUGGAAUCAUAUCACGGACCAAAUCGGAAUGUUUUCAUACACCGGCUUGACCAAAGAGCAGUGCGAACUGCUCAUUAGCAAGUGGCACAUCUACCUCCUGAAAAACGGUCGUAUCAGCAUGGCUGGUGUAAACAGCAGCAACAUCGACUACCUUGUGAACGCUAUGGAUGACGUCAUCAGGACGAUCCCCUCAGUUUAA